CUCAUGUCGAGGUUGGUUACAGGCGGGAUACACUCAUGCAACGAGUCGUGUGGAACUGGCUGGGCCCAGCAAGAUGGGCAUGCUGGCUCAAGGUAUCAUCCGUCUGCCAAGUAUCGCAUGGAAUAAAAGGGACGAAUUGCUUCGAUAAUGCCGCAUCUGGCCUUCGCUAGCAGUUGCUAGUUGACCCGCUGAGUCCCUAAGUCAAAGUUGGUGUGAAGUAAUGCUCGCGAUUCGGUCUGUCGCCGUUCCUGAACAUAUUUGAUUUCCCCCUUCCGUCUCACAGCACUCCUCAUAUCAUGUUGCACCGGGAUGCGUCGCUCUUCCAGAUCCCGAUGUCCGUCUCGACCGUGCUUGCUUCACUGCUCUAAACCGUGCCCGCAUCCUCUCUCUGAGUCUCACAAUUCCCCUCGCCCUCGCCCUAUAUCUCAUCUCCGCGCUUGCCCUAGCUUCCCUCUCCUCUGCACUCUCCGCUCCAUUCAUCCUCCCCGCCUCCCUAUCCGAGUUACUACCCGCGUUACUGUCCGACCCGUUCUUCCCCUCGUCUUCCUUGUCAUCCUCUCCCGCACCCCCCGCACCCCCCGCACCGCCCCCUUCACCUCCACCAGAACUCUAAUCGGAGCCACUCCCGGCUCGCCUUCGGCCCCGCAGCCCGCACAACUGCCUGGCAAGGAACCGGAAGAAAAAGCCCAGAGGCCCGGGAAAACGGUGAGCAGCGGACCAGAGCAGAGCGCAAAACGGAGUCCUGAGCGAGAGAAAAGUGUACGUGCAGAACGCGGCGCCAAUGUACAGCCAGAAGAUGACCCACGUGGCGACAAGCCAGACGAGGAAGAGGAGCGGGGCGAGCAGCGAGAAGCAAAAGGUGAAUCCCAAGAGAAAGAUGACCCAGCGGAAUAACUGGUAAAAAGCGUUGGCGGCGUAAAGGAGGGGAUGGUCCCGCGUCUGGAGAAGGAGGCCGUUUUCUAGCUGUGUGCCGACACGCUGGUCCGCUAGCUCGACGUUGGACAACGCUGGUGGGCUGGGCUGGGCUUGGACGCUGAACGGCCAGCCUACUGGACCGCCGUUGGCAUCCGUCGCUGCCAUCUUUUUCUUUUUUCUUUUUUCUUUUUUUUUCUUUCUUUCUUUCUUUCUUUUUUUGGAA